AUGGCCGUUAAGUCUGGUAUUGCUGUUGGUGCGAACAAGGGUAAGAAGGUCACCCAAAUGACCCCAGCUCCAAAGAUCUCCUACAGAAAGGGUGCAUCUUCUAACAGAACCCAAUUUGUUAGAUCCAUUGUCAGAGAAGUCGCUGGUCUAGCUCCAUACGAGAGAAGAUUGCUUGACUUGAUCAGAAACGCUGGUGAAAAGAGAGCCAGAAAGGUUGCCAAGAAGAGAUUAGGUACCUUCGGUAGAGCCAAGGCUAAGGUCGAGGAAAUGAACAAUAUCAUUGCUGCUUCUAGACGUCACUGA